AUGAAUUUUCCUAAUAUAUCAAAAAAGAUUGUUUCACCAGUAAACCCUAAUAAGUCUGGUUCAUCAGAUGAAAAGAUUAGGGAACACAUUACUGGUAAUUUUGAUCCGACAGCCUUAGAAAGGGGUGCUAAAGCAUUAAAAGAAUUAGAUCAAUCUUCUAAUUCAAGCAAAGCUUUUGAAUUAAUAAAAUUACAAGAAUUAACAAAACAAAAAGAAUACGAAAAACAAAUGGAAGAAUUAUCAUUACAGAGAGCUCAAUAUUUAAGUAAUAGAACUAGAAUUGAAAAUGAAGAAAAAAGAAAAACGAUAAAUUAUCAACAAGAGCAAGAGAGAAUAACAGCUGAAUAUAAAACAAGAUUAGAAGCAGAAGCUUAUCAAAAAAAAUUAAUGGAUCAACAAAAACAAAAUGAAGAAUGGCUAAGAAAUCAACAUGAACAAUAUUUAAGGCAAGAAAAUAUAAGAAAAAGAAAUGAACUAGAAUUAUUAAAUUUAAAAAUGAAGCAGAUAAGAGAAGAAAAAUCCUUAGAAAGAGAAAAUAUGAAAGCAAAAAUACAAGAAGAAAAUAAAGGUUUAAUAGAAAGAGAAAGAAAAAAUUUAGAUAUUCAUUUAAAAACAUUAAGAACAAAAGCAGAUGAAGAAAGGAAAACAAAAUUAGAAAGUAUAAAUAAAUAUUUUGAGCAAAUAAAUAAUUCUAUGUUUUUAUUUUUAAAUGAUAAACAAAAGUUAUAUAGGUUUGUACUUACAAUUACACUAACAUCCAUUGGAAUAUAUACAACUAAACAUACUACGCGAGUUAUUAGAACAUAUGUAGAAACAAAAUUAGGUAAACCAAAAUUGAUUAGAGAAACGUCUUUGUGGCAUAUUAACAAAUUUUUUGAUUUAUUCAAUUUAAAAAAAAAUUUCUCACUAUUUAAGAAUUUUAUAACAAAAAAAGAUAAAAACAAAAAUAUUUUUGAUCAAAUAGUAUUAAAUGAAGAAUUACAAGAAAAAUUAACUUGGUCAAUUAACAGUUUGAAAAAUUCAAAAAAAUAUGAUCUUUAUUUAAAAAAUAUUUUAUUACACGGACCUCCAGGAACAGGAAAAACGCUUUUUGCUAAAACUUUAUCUUAUUUUAGUAAUUUUGAUUAUAUAAUUAUAAAUGGUGGAGAUGUUAGUGCAUUAGGUGUUCAUGCAUCUGUUGAAUUGAAUAAAAUUUUUGAAUUUAUUAAAAAAAGAAAAAAUAAAAAAUGUAUAAUUUUUAUUGAUGAAGCGGAAGCAUUUUUAAGAAAAGGAAGAAAUGAAUCAUCUCCCCAUUUUUCAGAAAGUCUUAGAAACGCUUUAGCUUCAUUUUUAUUUCAUACAGGAAAUGAAUCAAAAAAAUUUUCAGUAAUCCUAGCAACAAACUGUAAGGACAUUUUAGAUACAGCUGUUAUUGAUAGAAUUGAUGAACAAUACAACUUUGAUAUUCCAAAGGUUAAAGAAAUUAAAAGGAUGCUUUCUUAUUAUUUUAAUAAAUAUGUUUUUCCUUUAAAUAAGUAUAAUAUUGUUAUUGAUACUUGCAUUAAUGAUCAUUAUUUAAAUGAAUUAUCAAAUAAAUUAUAUGGUUUAUCUGGUAGACAAAUAUCUAAGCUAUGUUUAAAUAUUCAAAAUUGUGUUUUUGGUAGUAAUUCUAAAAUUGUUUCAAAAGAGUUAAUUGAUUUAAUAGUCAACUGGAACUUAAGCAAUUCAUUUGAUAAAAAUCAAAAAGAUGAAAAUCGUUCAAGCAUAAAUUCAAAUGAAAAUAAAUCAAGUUCAGAUUUCUUGAAUAACACAAAUGAAAAUAAUUCUAAAAAUGACCAUCCAUAUAAAGAAAAAAACAAAUAUUUCAUUAAUAACAAGUUGUAA